AUUGUUUUCUUGACACUCAGGUGAGCCCAUAAUCGCUAAACUUUUGAUUCCUAAGCUGAAAAAUCGCCUACAGGCCAGCAGUCUUCUUCUCGACGCGCUAGACAUGUCUGGUCAAGUGGUCGGGACCUCCUCAGUCUCUGGGAUAACAGCUACAUUCCGAAGACCUCCCAGCGUGCCCUUCAAGCUUCGACUUCGUGGAACCACUGUGGGUGGCUUCCGCUUCGAGCGAAUCUCGCGAAAGAUCAUCACAGCAAAGUCCGCUAUUAUCAGAAUGGUCUACAACAAGAACUAUUAUACGCUACCAAGAGGCAAGCGCUCAUAUGCCCGGUUCGCCAUUCACAACAAUGGCGCCUCGGAUACCUUCAGGGUCAACCUUGCUUUCUCAUCACGUGGUAUUCAAAUCAUCAGGCCCCCAAGGCCUUCUGGGUAUCACGUGCGAUCGCGAGGUCAGCGGUAUGUUUCCACCGCGCUGUUCGUCCCCACGUCUAUGCGAAAGGGAACCUUUAUCAAGAUGUCUGUUACAGCGCGCGGGACCCGAAGUGGGGUAACGGCAAAAUUUUCUGCGCAACUGAUGGUUAUGUGAAAGCUAUGCUGCUAGAUAACUAAACGCUUUACAAAAAUAACAAAAAAAAACCUCUUUUUGGAGCUAGAAGUAAACGUUUUCGCAUCAUAUUAUUUUAAAUAAAUAUUGAAAUUGCAAAAUUUUUUUAUGAAUCUCCUACAAAAAGAAUAAUUUUACUCUGUAGUAAGGGCAACUUUUAUCAAUAAAAUAAAAACUCACUUGUCA